AUCACAUAAAAUGUUAAAUGGAAACAAUCUAACAUCACAGACCGUUUACAAACUGCUACAGUUUUUACUUCCUGCUUUUUACUCAGAGGAUUAAACUCCAGGGUGGGAAAAGGGAAGUUUGGGGAGAUUCCAUGCCCAAGUAUUCAAGGCAUGUACUCUGAGGAACUGGAGCUGGGCUCCUUUCCGACAUGCCGAUGUCCUCAAUCUUUCCCAGAGGUUAGCAAGGCAUGAUAGCCACCGCCAUCAUCAUUGGCAUCAUCACCACCAUCAUCACUAUCAUCAUCAUCACCAUCACCACCACCAUCACCAUCAUCAUCAUCACCACCAUAACCACCAUCACCAUCAUCAUCACCAUCACCACCACCAUCACCACCACCAUCACCACCAUCACCACCAUCACUACCAUAACCACCAUCACCACCACCAUCACCAUCACCAUCAUCACCAUCAUUACCACCAUCAUCAUCACCAUCACCACCACCAUCACCAUCAUCACCACCAUCAUCACAUAACCACCACCACCAUCACCAUAACCAUCACCACCAUCAUCACCAUCACCACUACCAUCGUCACAAUCACCACCAUCAUCACCAUCACUACCAUCAUCACCAUCACCACCACCAUUAUCACCAUCACCACCAUCAUCAUCACCACUACCACCA